GAACGCUCAGUCGAUCAGACGAGUUCAGACGCUGCGUGCGCGCAUAGUAUAGACGCAUGCGCGAAACGGUCCGCGCGCGGGUAAAAUCAAUUAGUUACCGUUAUUUUAACAAAUUCGGCUUUUGUUUUUACUCUAUUUAUGCAAAGCUUGAGUAGCAUUUCUGAGAGGAAUUAAAUGAACUACUUACAAUGAAUGCUGAUUUACUUUAGGAAGCCAAAACAGAAAAAUAAUUUGAUGCUUACACCAUUCCCAAAUUAACUCUUUCUUCGAGCAUCUUUUGUGAAGUGAUACUAGAUAAACAGUGAAAAUGACAGUGAAAGUGGAAAACCCGGUGGAAGGCGACUUCAAGCCGAAUGAGAGGUGGAGAAUCCUCAAGAAUGUGGUGGUCAUCAGCAUCGCUUUCAUGGUCCAGUUCACAGCAUAUAGCGGUGCGGCAAACCUCCAAAGUUCGAUCAACGCGGAAGCCGGUCUUGGUACUGCGUCUCUCGCUGCUGUUUACGCUGGCCUCAUCUUUUCUAACAUAUUUUUGCCAGUUCUAGUCAUAAAAUGGGUGGGCACAAAAUGGGCGAUCUCUCUAUCGUUCAUCGCGUAUAUGCCGUAUAUUGCUGCCCAGCUGUACCCUCGGUUCUGGACCCUGAUCCCAGCAGGUCUGAUGGUGGGCUUCGGAGGAGGACCGCUUUGGUGUGCCAAGUGCACCUAUUUGUCAGUGGUUUCCGAAGCCCAAAGCAAAAUUUCAAAUAUAUCCGCCGAUGUGUUGUUGACCCGGUUUUUUGGAUUAUUCUUUAUGAUAUUCCAAAUGAAUCAAGUGUGGGGUAACCUCAUUUCUUCUUUAGUACUGACAGCUGGUGACAACGAAGCAGCAGUGACUGCGGUGAAUGCGAGCAUGAUUCCGGAGCUAUGUGGCGCCAACUUCCUCCCGGCAGCUGAUGCUGGAGAGGCCCUGCGUCCUCAACCGCCUGAGAGGAUGCAGCUGAUGAUCGGUAUUUAUUUGGCGUGCAUGGCUGGCGCCGCCAUUAUCAUCGCCAUUGGAGUUGAUUCUAUGAAAAGGUACAAUACCGGUCGAUCGGCGACUGGAUCUGGUCUCUCGGGGAUGGCGUUACUGGCAGUCACCCUGAAGCUGCUGGUUGAGCCUAACCAGCUCAUGUUGGUGCUCCUCAACACCUUCGUGGGAUACCAGCAAGCGUUCUUUGGCGCUGACUUCAGUGCGGCGUUUAUAUCGUGUGCAGUCGGAACUGGGACAGUUGGCUUCGUGAUGAUGACCAUGGGGGUGGCUGAUGCCAUUGGCUGUGUCGUCACUGGAUAUAUUGCGAAGAUCACGGGUCGUGUGCCACUGAUGUGCUGUGCAGCGGUUCUUCACACGAUGCUCUUCACCACCAUGCUAGUGUGGAGGCCUCACGAGGGCCAGAGCCACAUCCUCUACAUCAUUGCUAUCCUCUGGGGUAUCUGCGACUCUGUGUGGCUCGUGCAGCUGAAUGCAUACUACGGCAUUCUGUUCCCCGGCAGAGAAGAGGCAGCUUUCGCGAAUUUCAGGCUCUGGGAAUCAGUCGGCUACAUCAUUGCUUACGUCAUCUCUCCCUACCUGAGGACCAGCGAGAAGACCUACCUCAUGUUCACCAUGAUGAUCGUGGGGGUCUCUAUGUACUUCACAGUGGAGUACAGGGAGAGAAGAGGAAAGAACGAACUGGAUAUGAAGAGUCGAGAACUAUGCUGUGAUAAAGGAUUGGAUAAUGCUGCGUAUAGAAGCGUAGAAUGA